GACGACACUAACUGAGCGCCACUUACAACUCAUUUGUUUAUUUAUGCGCUCCGGGAUAAAAAUGAAACUGUAGCUUGUAGACGGAGCGGAUUUUGUACCGAAGCCCGUCUCGAAACUCAUCAACAAUCUUUCUUACAUCCACCAGAUACAAUCGACGCCAUGGGUCGCCUGGACGACGCAGCCAAGCGCAAAGUGGUGGAGCUGAGGAAAGCCGGCCUGAGUUUCCGCAAGAUCAAAGCCGUACUGGAGUUGGAGAACAUCAAGGUUUCGGCGCAGGCUAUUUACCUGUUCCUUAGGGAGUUCCAAGGCAGAAGGCCAGGCAGGGUCCGGCCUCUGGAGGUCGGGUGUAACACUGCACCAGCUCAUAUGCAAAAUUUAGUCGGAGGUCUACAGGAGAGCUGGAGCAAUAUACGUCUGCAACACCUGCUGCGGGGCACGUCACAUAACGCCGGCUUUACCAAAUUCACCAAACAGGCGUCCACGGAAGCGGACGGUAAUGCUAAAACAUCUGGGUGUGGGGAAAGCAGCGCGGACAGCCGGCCGGAGCAACAGCAGCCGAGUGUGGACGAUAACGACGUUCAGAUUGUGAGCGUUACCUCUCUUGCGCCAAGUCAGCAAAGAGCAGAAACUAGUGCGACUUCUUCUCCGGGAACCGCUUCUGUGGCCUUCGCCAGGAGGAGAGUGACGCCUUCCCCAGCCACUAGUUCCAUGCUGGCGGCCCGUAAACGCAUUUUGGAUAAAGCGCUGACGCACAGGAUGAAGGUGGCAGCUUUAUUGAGGCGGGAUCAAUCAAAUAUCCAAAGAUCCGAUUUAACCGCAGUGUCACAACAACAACAACAACCACCACUAUCAUCAGCAGCAGCAUCAACACAUUAUGAUCUGACCGCAGACAAGACUGGAUUGACAGAUGGAGAAGCGACCACAGGUAGGCGGUUUGUCCCACAGCGAGCAAGUCUUUCCAUACGCACCCUUCACACGCUGCCUCGGGUCGGGAUCCGGCUUCCCAACCGUGCACCUCCUCCUUUAUCUUCCCCGUCUUCCGGGGGCGCCGUCAUUCACACGCAAUCGUCGGGAGCGGGGACGAGCGGCGAGAUGACUCAGGAGGCCGGGGCGAGAGGCGGACUUCAGGAUCAGAUCCGGACCCUGGGCUCGGAGGUGCACACCCUGGGCCUGGCCGUGAAGAUGCUGGUGGAGCAGCAGAGCCGCAUGGAGAGGGAGCAAGCGCAGCAGACGCACAUUCAGAAGCAGAUCCUCAACACCCUGCAGAGCCUCGCGUCCAAAGCGGGAGCCUGCGAGAGUGCCCGGCAGGCGCAGGACAAAACUCCGUCCCCUUCCUGUUUGCCCACCAACUCUUCCUCGUUCGGUCAAGACACGUUCAACUUCAACCAAAUCACGUUCAGCCAGUGCAGCCAAAUGCAGCCAGCUUACGACUCGCUGGAGAGUCUGGAACCCGUGGAGGCCUUUAAACUGCCAGUCCUGAACGCCGAGGGCGUCAACGGCUUCCCGCCAUGCAGCGGCACCGACAACCUCCCGCUCGCUCACACUCCACCGCAGACUCAGCAAGCGUACGCGGACGUGUAUCCUCAGCAAAACUGUCUGAUUACACCCUAUGCCCAGUCUUACACACCUGCUUACGACCGCUCGCAUCCUCAGGCAUUUAGGGAGCCAGGAAGUAAAACGUCGGAAUUCCAAACCAGAUGUUCGGGAAGUGAUCUUCAGGACUGCAGCGUGUCCACGCAGGAUCAACACCUCAAUAUUAUAAAAGUGGAAGGACCCUAGACUGAUCGUAGCAUAUUGCAUCCUUUAUUAUAAUUUUGUAAUAACAUAUUUAUUUAUAUUUUAUAGAGAGUAGAUUAUUGAAAACCAAUUUAUUCAGAAACGAAUGGAAACAAUCUAUUCUGCUAUCUGGAACUGUCACCACUGUAGAACAUUGCAAAUGUGUGAACUAAUAUUCAGAUGAUUGGACUUGAGUCCCCGGGACUUGGACUUGAGUCAACUCGAGUCGUAAAUUUGAUAACUCUCAACAUUAUUGAGACUUGAAGAAGAAAAAUGCAGACUCGGACCUCACUCGUUUGAGCUGGGAGAGUCUGAGGCUCGAGACUCGACUCAAUUUGUGAGGCAUUAACUCUCGACUCGACUCGUGAGACGAUGACUUGAGACUACUUGACUCUAGACAUUGACUAACCGGUGACUCGACUUGUCCUUAUAACCUUUGACUUGACACGGCCCAUCCUUACAACCCUUGACUUGACACUACUCGUCCUGACAACCCUUGACACGACUCGUCCUUGCAACCCUUGACUUGACAUGACUCGUCCUUACAACCUUUGACUUGCCACGACUCGUCCUUACAACCUUUCACUUGACAUGACUCGUCCUUACAAUCCUUGACACGACUCGUCCUUACAAUCCUUGACACGACUCGUCCUUACAAUCCUUGACUUGGAACGACUCGUCCUUACAACCCUUGACUUGACACGGCUCGUCCUUACAUCCUAUGACUUGACACGACCAGUCCUUACAUCCUUUGACUUGACACGACCAGUCCUUACAUCCUUUGACUUGACACGACUCGUCCUUACAUCCUUUGACUUGACACGACUCGUUCAACAAUCCUUGACAUGACACGACUCAUCCUCACGGCCUUUGACUUGACACGACUCGUCCUCACAACCCUUGACUUGACACGACUCGUCCUCACAAGCCUUGACACGACUCGUCCUUACAAGCCUUGACUUGACACGACUCGUCCUUACAACCCUUGACUUGACACAACUUGUUCAUACUUACAACCCUUGACUUGACACUACUUGUUUGCACUUACAACCUUUGACUUGACACGACUCCUCCUUACGACCCUUGACUUGACACGAUUCGUCCUUACGAUGCUUGACUUGACACGACUCGUCCUUACGAUCCUUGACUUGACACGACUCGUCCUCACAUCCUUUGACUUGACACGACUCGUCCUCACAUCCUUUGACUUGACACGACUCGUCCUCACAACCCUUGACUUGACACGACUCGUCCUCACAACCCUUGACUCGACUCAACUUGACUCUUGGUUUACUGGUGACCGGGAUCAUAGUGACUUGUGCAAUUGUCUGCUAAUGUUUUAAACUCAUUCACUGUCAUUGAUCAUGUUUAGCUACUAUUAACUGUGCUAGACUUCCAAACCAUUUUGAUAUCUUCUAGUCAAAAUGGAUUGGACGUCCCACCUCAAGAAAUAACACUGGCCUUGUUCAGAUAGGCAGCUAGAAUCAGAUUUUUAGCCCAUCCAGAUUGAAACUGGAUGGCUCUUAUGUCGUCUGAAAAGUCACAAAGCACACAAAUCAGAUUUUUGCAAGACAGAUUGAAACUAUAUACCGAGGUAGUUUCAAAUCAGAUAUGGACAAGAUGUGUCUCAGUCUGAACAGCUAAGAUGGGUUUUGACGUUCCGUGGUGUCACUCUAUGCUGGAUGACACCUUUGUUGCCACAGCAACCGGUUAGGUGUGGCAAUAAUGUCUGGUCUGAGCAGGCCCAAAUCUGAGUUUGACACUUGCUAAUUGCUUAAUUUUGUGGCCCAUGUAUUAAUGUGCACCCAACAAUCCAACCCAAACUCAACCGUGUGACCUGAUAAAGCCAACGUGGUGGACGAGCAGGUCUGUAAGCACAGGUGUUAGCAUUACUUACUUUGUUGCUGUGCCUUACCUCUGGACGCUGCAGUAUUAUAACUAAUUUGAUGGCAAGAGACGCCCAAUCCAUUUAAACGUCUAUUGCCUUCUUUGUCACUGAAAAACGAUCGUGCACUGCCAAACUUCCCGAUUUGCAGUCCAUCGCCGUCAAUGACAGCGAAUGAGUUGGCACAAAGGCCUUUAGUGUCCUUAUCGUGGACAACAGCCACAUGCUGAGGUGUAAAUACAGGAGAGCAUUGUUGUCUUCCAUUGUUGGCGUUUAGACUGAUACGUGCCCUUUUCACUCCCAAGGUCAUCAUGUUCCCCCCACCCUUCCUCCUUGAUAUUUUGGUGCCUUCUGUACCAAUGACAAAGCAAAAUAACGGUUUCAUAGUACUAUAGAUGCCGGUCACCGUCAUGGCUGAAUGAAAAGUCAUAUGUAGCAUAGCCAGUGUUUUAGUCUUUUAUUUAUAUCACUAAACCUAAAUAAAAGGUUUGAAAUUUUGAA